CCGGGUUCUGAAGAAGGCGGAAGUGAAGAAAGAGACGCUGAUCUUGUGAAAGGUUUCGCGUAACGCGACUCGUCACAGAGGGCUGUCACCCUCUCCUGUUAACUGGAGGCUCCCCUUUCUUCUCCGGGAUGUCAGCGAGGACUUUUAUACUCUCGUUGAGUUUUCACAGGAAGUGAAAUUCGGCUGAACGGGAAGACAAACCCAACACACGGUGAGUGAUAAAGUCUCCAAGUGGACAACACAGGUCAGGAGGCUCAAUCAUGGCUCCACAUCCUGUAAUUCAAGCUAUUAUUGAUUUCUCAGCGGGAGCAAUAGGCGGGACGGCAUGUGUGAUAAGUGGUCAGCCCUUUGACACAGCCAAAGUGAAGAUGCAGACGUUUCCCACUAUGUACCGAGGCUUUCUCCACUGCUUCAUAUCGACGUUCAGACAGGUGGGACUCGGCGGUCUCUACAAAGGCACCACUCCGGCCCUCGUUGCCAACAUCACAGAGAACGCAGUGCUCUUCUUGAGUUACGGCAUGUGCCAGGACGUGGUCCGCUUUUUGUCUGGGCUGAAUAAAGGGGCAGAUCUCAGUGAUUUGCAGAAGGCAUCUGCAGGGUCUUUAGCCUCCAUCUUCUCUGCCACGGCGCUUUGCCCCACAGAGCUGGUGAAAUGUCGCCUGCAGGCCAUGCAUGAAAUGGAGGCAACGGGACAGGUGGCGAGAGGUCAGAAAAGCACGGUGUGGUCCGUAGUCAAGACCGUUCUGAAGAAAAAGGGGCCGUUGGGUUUUUACCAAGGACUGACGUCCACCAUCGUGAGGGAGAUUCCUGGUUACUUCUGUUUCUUUGGGGCCUAUGAACUGUGUCGCUCUACGUUUGCACAGCACAUGGGCACGGACAAGGACGGCAUAGGUAUUGUCCCGCUCAUGUUCAGUGGUGGAUUUGGAGGAGCUUGUCUUUGGCUGGCGGUCUACCCGAUAGACUGUGUGAAGUCCAGGAUCCAGGUCUACUCUUUAGCUGGGAGGCAAGAGGGCUUCAUGAAAACCUUCAUGGGCAUCGUACGCACCGAAGGGUUUGCUGCUCUGUACUCUGGCCUGACUCCAACCAUGAUACGCACCUUCCCUGCCAACGGAGCGCUCUUCCUGGCUUACGAGUUCAGCCGCAAGUUUAUGAUGGACACAGUGGGUGGUUGAUUAAUAAAAAAAAAAGAGAUCUUCCUACUUGAAACAACAAUUUUGAUGAAACACUGCCUGUAGCUGAUUUUUUCAACACAUGUUAGAUUUUACAUUAAUGGAACAACUCCUGGCAAUGAUUGCUGCAUUUGUGAGCUGUGCUGGCCACAGAUAUUUAAAACAAAGUUUUUAUUUGAACUUUUUUAAUUAAAGUUUGAUAUUUUUGUCAUGUGAAAUUGUUGUAGAAUAAAUCAUGUCUGCAUUUACU